AUGACGGGAAGAGCAUUAUACAAAGCCAUAGGCAGCCCCAAAACCAUCGUUGCACCUAUGGUGGAUCAGUCCGAACUCGCAUGGAGAAUAUUAUCAAGAAGAUAUGGGGCCGAGUUGUGCUACACUCCCAUGUUCCAUGCCAGGCUAUUUGCCACCGAGGAGAAAUACCGUAAGAAUAUGUGGAGUGAGUUUGAUGGUAAUGAGGACAUCGAUCGGCCUGUAAUUGUGCAGUUUUGUGCUAACGAUCCCGAAUACUUACUCCAGGCGGCCAAAUUGGUAGAAAACAAAUGCGAUGCCGUGGACUUGAAUUUGGGAUGUCCUCAGGGAAUUGCUAGAAAGGGGAACUAUGGUGCUUUUCUAAUGGAUGACUGGGAGUUAGUUCGCAAGUUGAUCACAAACCUCCAUGAAAACCUAUCGGUUCCAGUGACUGCUAAAAUAAGGGUUUAUGACGACUGGGAAAAGUCUCUCGCUUAUGCCAGAAUGGUACUAGAUGCUGGUGCUCAGUUUUUGACUAUCCACGGAAGAACAAGAGAUAUGAAGGGCCAACUUACGGGUUUAGCCAACUGGGACAUCUUGAAAUACUUAAAGGACAACCUUCCUGAAGACCAGGUUUUCUUUUCCAACGGAAAUAUAAUCUACCCCAACGACCUUCAAAGGUGUAUGAACCACGUCGGUUGUGAUGCAGUGAUGUCUGCUGAAGGGAACUUGUACAACCCUGGGGUAUUUUGGACAGAAACCAACGAAAAAGAAAAGCAGUUUCCUCGAGUCGACAAGCUCUUGAGGGAAUACUUUGAGAUCUUACGUGAGUAUCCUACUGAUGCCAAUAAGCAUGCUAUGAAGGCCCACUUUUUCAAGAUAUUGCACGAGUUCUUGAAUGUGCACAAAGAGCUCAGACCUGUGAUUGGAAGAACCAGCGUCCACGCCAACAUGGAUGACUGGGAUGCAAUCGUAAAACAGGUUGAAGCAGCCGUGGCCAAAAUCUAUCAGCAAGACGAUAUUAGUGAUUUGGAUGUCAUAAAAGUCGGCGAAGAUGAAAGCUGGGGUGGACAGUAUCGAGAAGUGCCAUAUUGGAGAUGUCAACCAUAUUUCCGCCGUGUCGAUGGAGAGAAGCAAAACACCCGAGUGUUGAAAAUAGCAGCUUCAAGUGAAUUAGCCAAUACUAAUAAAAGAAAGACGGUGGAUGAGAAGGCUGAACCAGUGGAUGCAAAAAAAUCAAAAACCGAGCCUUUAGCAGCUACAACUUAG